CGUUUCUGCGCAAGAUUUUUUUUUUAAUUCAAAACCAAAUCGUAAAACAAAGAAAAAGUAACUAAACCGAAACCAACUGUGCCAUUUGGUUUAAGUCAUUAGGGGUAUUUUCGUCAGAUUUUGACUUAAUUGUCAAAACGUAAAAACCAAAUCUCACUUUACCAAACACUGAGAGAAAAUCUUUUUUUCAGCAGAAACGUGAAAAUUUCUUUCUAGAUUAUUGGUUUUCUCAAACAACUCAACUCUAAGUAUAUCCGUUUAUGUGCUAUGCAACCAGGAACCACCAUUGGCUUCUUGGUCCUCCUGCUUAGCGGGUUCUGUAUAAAUUAUGGGCUAAGGCACCAGAAGGAUACCAAACUCCGACAUCAAUUUUUCGAGCGAAACGGUGGUGUCAUGUUGAGAGAGCGACUCUCGGGAGCAGGGUCAUCAAAUGCUGAUAUUAAAAUCUUUACUGAGGAAGGAAUGAAGACAGCAACUAAUGGUUAUGACAAGUUCAGAAUCUUGGGUGAGGGUGGCCAAGGAACAGUCUACAAAGGGAUAUUGCAAGACAACUCCGUAGUUGCUAUAAAGAAAGCUCGGCUUGGAGACAGUAGCCAGGUAGAGCAAUUCAUCAACGAAGUGCUUAUGCUUUCACAAAUCAAUCAUAGGAAUGUGGUCAAGCUCUUGGGUUGCUGUCUAGAGACUGAAAUUCCCUUGUUGGUUUAUGAGUUCAUUACCAAUGGAACCCUUUUCGAUCACUUGCACAAUUCCAUGUUUGAUUCUUCUCUAACAUGGGAACACCGUCUGAGGAUUGCCGUAGAAAUCGCUGGAACUCUUGCAUAUCUUCAUUCAUCUGCUUCUAUUCCAAUCAUCCACCGUGAUAUCAAGACUGCUAACAUUCUCUUGGAUGAAAACUUAACUGCAAAAGUAGCCGACUUUGGUGCUUCAAGGCUGAUACCGAUGGAUAAAGAGCAGCUUACAACAAUGGUGCAAGGUACUUUGGGUUACUUAGACCCAGAAUACUACAACACGGGAUUGCUGAACGAUAAGAGCGAUGUUUAUAGCUUUGGAGUAGUCCUCAUGGAACUACUCUCAGGUCAAAAGGCUAUAUGCUUUGAACGGCCACCACACUCAAAACAUUUAGUAAGUUACUUUGCCUCUGCUAGGAAAGAGAACAGGUUGGAUGAGAUAAUUGACAGGCAAGUGUUGAAUGCGGAUACUCACAAAGAUAUUCAAGAAGUGGCCAAAGUGGCUGUUUGGUGUACUAGAUUGACGGGAGAGGAAAGGCCAAGGAUGAAAGAAGUAGCUGCAGAGCUUGAGGCCUUGAUUGUCAAGACAACCAAACAUGGGAAGUUGGAUCAAUUUCCUGAACCUGAGGAAAUUAAGCACUUGCCCGGUGGUCACAUCUUCUCUGCGCAAAACGAUACCAGCUGCAGUAAUUAUGACAGCAUCAACAAUGUACCAAACCUGGACAUUGAAGCUGGCCGCUGAUAUUUCUCAAUCCACCUCCUCACUAAAUGCUUUGGCCGUUGGCCACAUUGUGUUUGUUUUAUAUUUGAUUUCUUAUCUCCUUUCUCUCCUCCAAAACAUGUAAAAAUCAGUGUAUCAAAACAUGGCAUUCAAUAAUUGUAUGGUGGUUUGAGAUAAUCAAUCAUUGUGUAUAUAAACCCCUUUUAACUGGUAUGAUUCACUUCAGUAUCCGAUUUGGUACUUGACUGUAUUUAUUAUGAAUUUAUGAGAUUCUAAACAAAGCAUCAAAAGAAAACAGAGCUCAGAAACCUGAUUCCUCUGUUUGUGA